UCAGUCAGUCACUACUGAAGCAGACAGUUGAUCGUACGUUCACUUACCGCGAUCAGACGUUGUGUUUAUAAAAUUAAUUUAAUAAAAGCGUUAACAGUUUUAUUGCAUUUCACUGCGAUAUACUUAUCAUCGUUCCUUCUAAUUUGCAAGAAUGUUUUCAACGAAAAAGAGUUUAGAUAAGAUUUUGCAAAUCUACAAAAAUGAAAUUCGCCGGCAAAUUAGCAAGACAACAAGCGUUACCAACUCCGAUGCGAUGGCACCGAGACUCGAUCAAUCGGCGAACAAGUCACAGCAGAGCGAUGAAAUCGGUCUACCUAAGAAGUUGUUGAAGUUGCAGAAAUAUCACAGAUUCCUGUCGACCCUCACGCCGCAGCAAAUGCCACUGGCCGCCCGCGGACUGGCGGUCUCCAAAGACCAGUCCCGGGAGUUCAUGGCUUGCUUCCCGGACAUCGUGAGGGACCUCACAAAGACUGGCAAGCAUAUUGACGUGCCGGAAGCCAGCAAGUGGUUGGCUAAGUUGUUGCAAUACAAUGUGCCAAAUGGAAAGAAGAACCGAGGACUGGCUACUGUACUUGCGUACAAAAUGCUUGAGAAACCUGACAACUUGACGCCAGAGAACAUACAUUUGGCUAACAUCAUGGGAUGGUGCACGGAAAUGUUUCACACACUUCAGCUGCUACUCAACGAUAUAAUGGAGGGUACAGAGAUGCGGCGCGGCGCACCUUGUUGGCACCGCCGCCCCGAUGUCGGUCUUUCUGGCAUCAAUGACGCUGUCUUGGUCCAGUCCGCCAUGUAUUCCACGCUCAAACGUCACUUCUCCGCUAAAUCUUACUACAAGAACGUUCUGGAAAUGUUUAAUGAGAUGUUACUGAAAUGUUCCAUCGGUCAACACUUAGAGAAGCAGUUGACAAAGACUGAUAAACCGGAUCUAUCAUUAUUUACUAUGGAAAAAUACGAAGCUAUCACAAAAUACAAGACUGCGUACUACACAUUCCAAAUGCCAGUGGGCUUGGCUCUUCUGAUGACAGGAAUUGAUGAUCCCGAGACUCACAGACAAGCGAAGACUAUCCUUUUAGAAAUGGGCGAAUUCUUCCAAAUACAGGAUGACUUCUUAGACUGCUUUGGCGAGCCAGCGGUGAUAGGUAAAGAUGGCUGUGAUAUUCAAGAUGGCAAAUGUACUUGGCUUGCGGUCGUUGCACUACAAAGGGCAACACUAGAACAACGGAAAAUAAUGGAAGAACACUACGGCAGCGCUAAACCUGAAGAUGUUGCCAGGAUUAAAGAUUUAUACGAAGAGUUACAACUGCCUCAUACAUACUCAGUAUACGAAGAGGCUACAUACGACCUACUUAGGACACAAAUACAACAAGUUACUAGAGGUCUGCCGCAUGAUUUAUUCUUCAAAAUCUUGGACAAUAUCUUCAGGCGAAGUGUUUAAAUUUUGAUCACCUUACUAUUAUGUUUAUAAAUGCAAAAAUAAAUGUUAAAAUGU